AUGACAUUUUAAAAUUUCACUUAAUUUCACAAAACAGUUAUAUGCACAUCCUGGUCAGUAUGCAAAUGAGGAGACUGAUGACGUCAUCCACUCACUAUUUUUUUUGUAUUUUAUUAUAUGAAAUAUGAAAUAUUCUCAUUUUCUCUUCAUUGUCAAGUGAAAAAUUGAUUAAUUCCUCCCUAUACAUCUGGAAUUAGCAUUGUUUAAUACUAUAUGGUUCAGUCAAGUCGGUCCCUAUGGUCAAAUCUGUAAAAAAUGAAAUAUUGUAUAAUUCAAACAAUAGAAAACAAAAGAAAUAGUGAGUGAUAGACAUCAUCGACUGACUCAUUUGCAUGUCACUGAGUUGUGCAUAUCACUGUUUUGUGAAAAAUAAGCGAAACUUUAAAAUGCCAUAACUUUCUUAUUUUACAUCCGAUUUUGAUAAAAUUUUCAGUGUUAUGCUAGUUUGAUUUUUCUCUAUUUAUUCAAAUCAACAUUUUUGGGGGGUGGACUUGUCCUUUAAGAACAUGCUAUUGCAAUACUUUGCUCUUACGAGUGAAGGAAAUUGGAAACGCUUUCGCGAAGCGAAGAAAGGCGGAGAAGAAUCUUAUUACCAAUAUGCUAACCGUUUGAUUCGUUACGUCACGCGCUGCAUUGAUUUGAGCGGCAAAGAAAAGACAUUUGAUGCGUUGUUGGAUGUAAUAGUUCGUGAACACAUUUACGAGACCUCUGAGCGUUCAUUGUCUGUAUUUAUGCGGGAGAGAAAUCCCGAAAACGUUCCAGAGCUAAUUUUGCUAGCUGAGCAAUAUAGGAGUGCGCAUGUGUCAGCUACAACUGACUCCGGUAGACGCGCACGCCGUGAAGAAAAUGCUCGCAAAUUGAGAGAUGGUAAAAGUAAGGACCGAAGCGACAUAAGUCCUAAUCCAAAAGCUUGCUAUACUUGCGGUAAAUCAGGUCAUUUUAUGGCCAGGUGUCCAAACAAAAAGGGCAGUAAUUCGAGAGACGGGUCAGGCAAGUUAAGCUCGGAUUCGCGUAAGCAAUCUGUGAACGCAUGCGUAGUCGGCGUAUGCCCUGAUAUGUCAACACCGCAAACGCAAGGUGUUAGUCCCGAUUCAGCUACGGUAAAGCUGCAGUGUGGUCAUGAAAUUCCGUUGCUUUAUACGGCUUGUACAGUAGAAUCAGAUAUGCCCACUUGUGAUGGCAGUAUAAAUGGCAAGAAAAUAACAGUCUUGCGCGAUUCAGGUUGUAGUUGCGUGAUUGUUCGUACGGAUUUAGUGAAGAAAGCUCAGUUUACAGGAAAAACAAGGCUAUGUAUGCUAAUUGACCGAACAAUUAGACGGAUGCCAGAGGCAAGGCUGUAUGUUAGUACCCCAUAUUUCCAAGGUAAUGUGACAGCAUUAUGUGUUGAUAACCCGUUGUACGAUUUAGUCAUCGGAAAUAUUACAGGUGCCAGGAAACCUGGAGAUGAGGAUCAGAACUGGACCUACACUAAGGCGAGUGACGGCGAGUCAUCCAUCAAGGAGGAUAGAUCCUCCUGUGACGGUGAUCCUGAUGACAUAAAGGAGACAACUGUAAGAGAGCAGAGUACGCCCUCAUCGUCGGAGGCCACAGAAGAUGAUCUGUCAGGCGUUACUCAAGUACCAGACGAAAAGAUACCGAAUGAUGUGUCCCAGCCGCACAACCAGGAUGAUGUCAUCAUUCAAGAGCAACCAAGUGAGUUGAUGAGUGAGUCAACUAUCAAUGAAGAGGUGGAACAAGGGGCAGGAGUGGAGACUCGAGGGACGAAGAGACGAAAGGAUCGGCCGUUCAUGAGUCUUGGAUCGUCAAAGCAGCAGGAGUGUAUCGCAACCCGUGAGGAUGUUAUUGCAGCACAGAAGGCAGAUGCAACGCUGAAGAAACUAAGAGAUUUAGCAGAAAAGGAUGGCAAGUGUGGAGAGUGGUUCCCGCCAACAAUGCGCACAGGACAUGGCUGAGGGAAAUAGAAUCGAAUCUUGGAGA